ACUACUUCCCUGCCAGCAGCUUCAUUGUGUGAGCGAGGAGCGAGCGGCGGCGGAGAGCGGGCGAGCUAGCGGCAGCCUGAGAGCGGCGGGGAGAGCAAGCGCGCCAGGGAGGGUGCGAGGCGGCGCCCGCGGCUGCGCUCCGCCCGCCUCCCAGCAACUCUGCCCGGCGCCGCGCGCUGUGCGCGCCGUCCCGCCACCGCCGCCGGAGCCGCGUCGGCUGCUGUCGCGGGCAGUGGUCUGGCUGGGACAGGGUCCCCACUUGGGGACUGGGGCAUCCCUGGCGCAGCCGAGAGAAACGGAGUCCGUGGGGAGCGCAAAUUGCGCUCCUGCGCGCGCCCGCUGAUCGGCGUGGGCAGGCGGGCGGUGGGGUUCUGGGGCGCCUCGACUUCUCCGGGAGAGCCCCAACCCCGAGGGGCGUACAGAACGAGCGCGCCGUGGGCGCACUGGACCUUGUGCUCAUUCGCCGCGUACCCCACUUCUGCACAAACUUUUCCAACGCCCUCGCCCGUGGGGGUCGCGGAGAGCGCUGGGGUUGCCUGCUUGGCUACCGCUCCCCCGGACCCUAGCCACGCUGACCUCCUGCCUCUCGUAACCUCAGUGGCGACCUCUCCAGGUCGGGCCGGGCACGGCACUCGAGGCGAGCGCGGCAAUCACCGCGGGUCUCGGAAGACUCCCGGGCCCCCCGGGGCAGCUGGGCGGGGUAAUGCCCUCUGUGAUGGAGAAGCCGAGCGCGGGCUCCGGGAUCCUGUCCCGCAGUCGAGCCAAGACGGUUCCCAACGGUGGACAGCCCCACUCGGAGGAUGACAGCAGCGAGGAGGAGCACUCGCAUGACAGCAUGAUCCGCGUUGGAACCAAUUACCAGGCCGUAAUUCCGGAGUGCAAGCCUGAGAGCCCUGCACGCUACAGCAACAAGGAGCUGAAAGGGAUGCUGGUGUGGUCGCCCAACCACUGUGUGUCAGAUGCCAAACUUGACAAGUACAUUGCAAUGGCCAAAGAGAAGCAUGGCUACAACAUUGAGCAGGCGCUGGGCAUGCUCCUUUGGCAUAAACAUGAUGUGGAGAAGUCACUGGCUGACCUGGCCAACUUUACCCCAUUCCCUGAUGAGUGGACGGUGGAGGACAAGGUGCUGUUUGAACAGGCUUUUGGCUUCCAUGGCAAGUGCUUCCAGCGGAUCCAGCAGAUGCUGCCAGACAAACUGAUUCCCAGCCUGGUGAAAUAUUACUACUCUUGGAAAAAGACUCGCAGCCGAACUAGUGUGAUGGACAGACAGGCACGGCGGCUGGGGGGCCGCAAGGACAAAGAAGACAGUGAUGAGCUUGAAGAGGGACGAGGAACCGUGAGUGAGGGAGAGCCAGAUGCUGGAGACCCCAAGCGGGAGCCUCUGCCUUCUCGGCCCCUGAAUGCGCGCCCAGGCCCUGGGAAGAAGGAGGUCCAGGUGUCUCAGUACCGCCACCACCCAUUGCGAACACGGCGUCGCCCACCUAAGGGCAUGUACCUGAGCCCUGAGGGCCUCACUGCAGUGUCAGGAAGCCCAGACCUUGCCAACCUCACACUCCGAGGUCUGGAUUCCCAGCUCAUCUCCCUCAAGCGCCAGGUGCAGAGCAUGAAGCAGACCAACAGCAGCCUGCGCCAAGCCCUGGAGGGCGGCAUCGAUCCACUCCGCCCCCCUGAGGCCAACACCAAGUUCAAUUCCCGCUGGACCACAGAUGAGCAGCUUUUGGCUGUCCAAGCCAUCCGUAGGUAUGGCAAAGACUUUGGGGCUAUUGCAGAGGUGAUUGGGAACAAGACUCUGACCCAGGUGAAGACCUUCUUUGUGAGCUACCGGCGCCGCUUCAAUCUGGAGGAGGUGCUGCAGGAAUGGGAGGCUGAGCAGGAUGGGACCCCUGGAGCCCCUGUCCCCAUGGAGGAGGCUAGGAGAGGGGCUCCCUUGCCAGCCCCAGCCCUAGAGGAAGAUGAUGAGGUCCAGAUUACAUCAGUCUCAACAUCUGUGCCCCGACCUGUGCCCCCUGCACCACCACCCCCUCCACCUCCCACCUCACUGUCUCAGCCACCCCCACUGCUGAGGCCACCUCUACCCACGGCUCCCACUCUGCUUCGCCAGCCACCCCCACUACAGCAAGGCCGCUUCCUCCAGCCUCGGCUGGCCCCUAACCAGCCCCCCCCACCACUCAUCCGUCCUGCUCUGGCUGCCUCCCGCCACAGUGCCCGUCCUGGCCCUCAGCCCCCACCCACCCUGAUUGGAGCCCCUCUGGAGCCUCCAGCACCCUCACUUUGAGCCGCCCCCGCCCCCCCUGGCCCCAAUCAGAGGCUCCAGCCCCUUUGCUGGCAUCUCUGAGGACAGAAGGGACUAAGGGCUCUUGCCAGGUCUUUCAAAGACAGAGCUGCUGACUGGCACAGCCUGGACCUGUGGGUUCUGCAUGUGUUCCUGGCAGCUGAGUCUGUCUCCUUCCAGCCAGAGGCUCAGGGGCCUUUUGAGCUGGCCUGAGAGUACUUUUUGCUUCCUGUCUGGGACUGGAAUGGCUGCCUCCUAGUCUGCUGGGGCUUGGCCCUUGGGCCCUGCCCUUUGUGUGUAGGGGGUAGUGACCUUAGUGUGGGGGAGAGGACAGUUUGGUCUGUUAGCUGUUCUCCUUCCUCUUUCUCUUUUAGCAAUAAGUUUGGGGUGAAGUAGGGAGGGGGGCAGAAGAGGGUAGGUGGGCCUGACAGUCCAGAGGCUAGAAGGCAAGCUCUGUUUUCAGGGCCAGUGGGAAAUGCUGAGGAGCUCCACCAUACCCAUCUCCCAAAAGCUUGGAGAGAGGGGGUUGGGUAGUUAUGCAGCAGACAUGGAUUUAUUUUUCAACAUUUUUAAAAAAUAAAAAAAUGAAACCUUCCAAGCGUACUGA